AUGGCUGAAGUAACAGAUUCAUGUUUCAACAACAUACUCCUGCUGACUGAUUCUUACAAGGUCACCCAUCACAGACAGUAUCCCGAUGGCACCACCCUCGUUUCCUCCUACUUCGAAAGCCGUGGAGGAAAAUUCCCAGAGGUGGUAUUUUUCGGACUCCAGUACAUCCUAAAGAGAUGGCUCUGUGGUCAAGUCAUCACGGCUGAGAAGAUUGCUGAAGCCAAAGAACUGUACAAGCUACACUUUGGUGCGGACCACUUCAAUGAAGCAGGAUGGACACACAUUCUAGAGAAACACGGUGGAUACCUGCCGAUGAGGAUAAAGGCUGUACCGGAAGGAUCUGUCAUUCCUUACAAGAAUGUCCUUUUCACUGUAGAAAAUACAGACCCUCAGGUCCCAUGGAUUACAAAUUGGUUUGAGACCUUACUGGUGCAGGUGUGGUACCCAAUGACGGUGGCAACAAACUCCAGAGUACAGAAGGAGUUGAUAGCCAAGUACCUGAGUGAAACGGCUGAUAAUCUGACAGGACUUCCUUUCAAGCUCCAUGACUUUGGAUUUCGAGGGGUGUCGUCAGUAGAGACGGCUGGCAUAGGCGAUGCAGCUCAUCUGGUUAACUUUCAAGGAACGGACACGAUACCAGGAAUCGUUGUUGCUAGGAAGUAUUACUCUUGUCAAAUGGCUGGAUUCUCAAUACCUGCUGCUGAGCAUAGCACAAUCACAACGUGGGGUAAGAAUGGAGAGCGGGAAGCCUUCAAGAACAUGCUGGACCAGUUCCCUACUGGCCUGGUUGCCGUGGUCUCGGACAGCUUUGAUGUGUAUAAUGCCUGUGAGAAGGUGUGGGGCGAGCAGCUGAGGGAACAGGUUAUAAGUAGAGGUGAGAGUGGAUCAAUACUCGUCAUUAGACCCGAUUCAGGAGAGCCUCGUGAGGUUGUACUCAAGAUAUUGAACAUCCUGAGCAAGGUGUUUGGAUGCUCCAAGAACUCUAAAGGCUACAAGAUGCUGCCUCCUUACCUUCGAGUGAUCCAAGGAGAUGGUAUCAGCUACGACACCAUCGAUCAGAUUCUUAGCAAGAUGAAGGAGGAAGGGUGGAGUGCGGAUAACCUUACGUUUGGCAGUGGGGGCUCUCUUCUUCAGAAACACAACAGGGACACCCAGAAGUGUGCCUACAAGUGCAGCUACUGUAUCAUAGAUGGGGAAUCGAGGAACGUGUUCAAGCAGCCAAUCACCGACCUAGGCAAGAAAUCCAAGAAAGGACAGUUGUCGCUUCAGGAAGUCGAUGGGAAAAUUGUAACGAUGGAAGAAGGAAAAGGGAACCCAAACAAAGAUCUUCUGGAGUUAGUGUACGAGAAUGGCCAGCUUCUAAAGGACCAUACUAUGGACGAGAUCAGGGAGAGGGCGGAGAUAGACAUUGUCAAACAAGGAUCUAAGAACAGGAUCAAGUAAGAUGGUUCUCAAUCAAGUGCUAUUAUAAACCACAGGGAGGAUAGGUAGUCUCUAGACCUUUCAUUGUCUCUGCCAUGCUCUCAUUUGGUCGCUCAUUCAGUGUAAUGGUUGCUAAGAUGAUGUAUAACAUGUGUUCAGAAUGGCAUCUGCAAUUUAGCUUAGCAAAUAUAAAACUGAUUCAAUGGGUAUAACAUUCUGAUCAGAUCUCUUUUCAUACAGAUUUGGCCAAUUUGCUUUAUACAUGUAUGUUGGAAUCUGUUUAUCAUUCAGGGGAAUUUGUACUGAGCUUGUAGUCUUUUCAUAGUGUGAUCAGUGCAAAUGAUUAGUAAGUCAUCUAUGUUUUUUUAUAUUUUUUUAUAUUGAAUUAUUUUGGUCAAGUAAAACAUUUCCUGUUUGAUAUCAUAUCAAAGUUUUUUUUUAAAUCUAAAUGCACCCCUUUGCUGUUGACUAGCUUUAGUUAUUUCAUAAAAUGGAAAGUUGUUUAGGAUGGAACAAAUACAGUUGAUAUGAAUGUUAGAAUAAGGCACUGUUGAGUUGGAGUUGUUUUAGUUUAGGUAAUGCUUUUGCUUUUGGUAAUCUAAUUUAAAAUGCGAAGCAAAGUGUUCUUUAUUUUGAUAUUAAUGAAAAAACUGUAUUUAUAUAAAGGCAUGGUUUGUAUUAGUGGCAAGUUUGUACAAAUAUAAUAUUAAUGGUAUUCAUAAUUAUGGUUGCACCUUGACAUUAAUAUUUCUUAUUUUGAAAAUGAAUAAGAGGCUGUUCUCACUCAGUUCCUUAAACUAGUUUAGUGGAAACUAGUUUAGUGGAAACUAGUUUAACGCUAAGUGAGAACGGCCGAAGCGCUCUUGGAAGCGCUCUUCCAAACCAGUUUGGAAGACCACCUCGCGAUGUAGUUUUCAAGAUCGCUUCGCAUCGGAAAAGUGGUUUUAGCGUAAGUGAGGACACAACCGUUCUUCGGGAAGCGAUCUUCGCACAUUUUGAGCGCGCUACUCCACACGACAGGUGUAGAAUGCCUAUGCUGCGGUUUCGAAUUUCGCGUGAAACGUGUCUCCCCACUGAGAGCGUUUCCAUAGCAACAAGAGCGCUAUACGUGAAGUGAUUUUGAAAACCACUUUCGUGUGAUCAAGUGAGAACGCUAGCAAAGCGAUCUUCCAAACUGGCUUUCUGAACCGGUUCCCAGUAAACUAGUUUUAGGAACGUAGUGAGAACAGCCUCUAACAUACCUAGUUAAAUCAUGAAUGUUUCAUUUUCUAAUGUGCACCAUAUUUAGGUUUG